AUGGAUACAUCAGAGCUUGUUAGCCUAACACCGUCCGCAACAGAAAUUUUGCGGCGAGGUCAGGAACCCAGGGCCGAGGAGGAGGAGAGAAACUCGAUAGAAUCUCGUACGAGCCUCUCGGACCUGGAGCGAACAAGAAGCGUUGAAUCCGCUCGAUCUCCGAGUGGGGGCGACAAGUUCGAACUGCCGAGGCCCUUGACCAAUUCACCGAGGACCUCUUUCAUCGCGCCAGGUCAUCAGCUGGGGAGGACUGGCAGCUCAUCCAACAACUCCAUCUUCACGCGCACAACGUCUGGAGGGACAAAACUGAUCUCUAUGAGCUUCUCGAGGACGGCCUCUGCUGCAAUCGAAAGUUUGCUCACACCGGAGAGAACUUCAUCUGACCCCAAGAGCAGGUUGGCAGGGCUCUUGGGAAAAAUCAAGUUCGACUUCACCAGCACCCAGGAGAAGAUUUUGAUCGAAGCGUUCAAAUGCGAGGACUGUUGUGACGAGACAACCACGUGCCACCAAAUCAGAGCUGUUUACGACGCUUUUCAUCUGUCGUGGGACGGGGCCCACCCGUGUAAAUCAUACCAUGAGACGGGUCGAGACGAUGAUGGUCCCAAGGGCAACUUGCUUUCUGUCUCCGAUCUAACAGCCACUGUUAGGAAGUGCGAGUUUGGAGAUGAAUUCCUCUUCUUGCUGGUUGAGAACCUCAAGGUCCUUCCCAACUUGAAUCCAAACGCUCUCACAUUCGGAGCCAAGGAAUUCAUGGUUGCGUUCGCGCAGACUUUGAAGUCUGCUGCACCGGAUCGACGCAUGCACUACCAUCGGAUGUUUGGAAUAGAAAAGACACACCAGCGCUUUCGAUUCAAGAAGUUUCUCUACGCUUUCUUAGCGGACAAUCUUGCUGUGAUUACUCACCCGAUCUGCAUUAUUCAAUCCCUCCUGCCCAAGUCAAAGACACGGCUCUUUCAGAUCAUGAGCGAUGCCUGCUGGCUUCCGCUACCGUACAACCAGUACCGAGACUUCCAGUGGUACCUGAUGAAACUCUGGCUGCCCUCUUGCAUGUCUCUUGGGCUGUACCUCUACUACUCCGAGUACAUGACCAACAUCUCCAUCGUCGAGUCCAUGGGCCCGAUCGUCCUAUACCAGCUUGUCGGGCUGAUCGUGGCCACCAUCUCAGCGUUCGAGCACAGGGGGCUGGUAAUGAGGAGGAAGUACGUGCUGACAGGAGAAUCGAAGCAGGAGGAUCUGAGAGCCAUGUUUGCCUUCAGAGCUCACACGCCUGAAGGUCAUGUGGUCGAGAGAAUCGGGCUGAUUGCGGAUCUUUGCACUCCUGCAAGUCAGUUCAAGUACCUUGCCCGCAUUCUCUCCUGUGCCAUGGGACUGUUGCACUUCCUGGUCCCAAUCCUGCGCAGAGUGUACAAUUAUUACAUGACAAGCUCGAGCUCUCGCCAAAGAUCGCAGGAGGGCCAGUGCUUCUCAGGUGGAUGGGAGUGGACUGAAGUCCUCGGCCCCACAUGCACCGACGCGGAGAGGAGGAGUGUAGCAUGGAACCUGCUGUUUGGAGGAGAUCACUACCUGCAUGCCUUCGUGACUCUGCCAGCUGCCGCUGUGGCUGGCUACCUUGUCUACCGGCUCCUGUUCAUCACGUUCGACAUCUUCUACAACGAUCUGGCUUUCUACUACAAACUGAAGUUGUUCAGAGCAUCCACCACACCGGGCUACUACCUCACGUACAGGAGGAAAUGGUUGAGGACGGUCAGGUCAGACAAGGCACUGCAGGAGAGAGUGGGCAGAUGGGAUGGGAGAGGCUUCAUGCCAUUCUUGUCGCUGCAGGAGGAAAAGGAUCUCAUCUUGUGGUGUCGUAUCAGGCAGCUGCUGAUCGACUCCUGCGGCGGCUUCAAGAGCGCGCAACGUGACGUUGUCUUCACCUACAUGAUGUUCGUUCUGCUUGUCCUAUCCGUCAUCCUGGUCCUCAACCACUACGACUGGUGGCUGGCGGGAGGAAGGGGGGGCAAUGCAGCCAGGCCGAUCAAUGUCCUUGACCUCUGGGCCCUUCUCGACUGCAUCGUCUUCAGCUGCGUCCUGUGCGCCAUCAUGUACCUGAAGCUCGCCGUGUACGACAUGUGCCGUAGCGACAUUCACCUCCUCCAUGCGGAGUACUACCGAGCCAGCCUGAAUGCUAGGAGCCAGGUCUACCUCGAGAGCGAUCCUCCUCCAGCAGAUCCAGAUCAGGACAUGUCCCGCUUCCGCUUCUCCCUCAGCGCCUCCGGCAUCGUUCACCAGCCCCUCGACAGCUCCCUGGACAUCGCCGCUUCAGGCAGCAUGGAGGAGUCUGAGCAGAAUGGGCAAUGCGAGGUGCAAGAGGAGCCAGGGGAUGGGAGGGAACUCCGUCGAGCAUCCACCAGCUCCUUCAACUUCCGAGGACAGAACAACUGCUUCUCCCGGGCCCCGUCCUCCCGGUCCUCGAUGAAGGGCUCGGUAACGGGUGGUGCCCUGGGGGAGUCAGUCAUGAUCACACCCAAGAGCGAGCGGGCGAGGCAGGAGCUGCAGGUCCUCAUAGAGCAGACGGCGAGGUACAUCCAGCAGUUUGAUCGCCCCCCCACUGUGCUGGGCUACCCCGUCACCUGGGACGUGCUGCGCUACAUGUCGCUCUCCCUCAUCGCUGCGAUCCUGACGGGUCUCAAGGGCGAUCUUCUCGCGGAACUGAAGGUCCUUCUUGAAGCCAGUCAGGAGGUCCUGGUAGGACGGGAGCUCGUGCGCGAGAGGGUCGAGGCUCGGCCACAUGCUUGGGUUGCGAGCCAGGCAGCGACUGAAGUCUUCCUCGUCCACCUCGUCGUAAUAGAGAGUGAUGCGUGUGAGACAGCCAUGCUCGUCGAAGUCUCGUGCGAUCGUGACCCGCACGAGGCCCGCGACCAGCUCGUCCCCGGGUCCCUUCCUCGAGAUGCGCCAGAACCUCUCGCUGAUGCGGUCCCGGGGGUUGGAGAGGAUGUCGAGGCACAAGCAGAUGAAGUCGAACUCAGUCUCCCGCAUAUCAACCUCGUCGUCCUCGCUCCUCGCACCAACUCCUAUGCUCUUCGCUCGGAUGGUGGCGAUGGCUUUGAGGGCCUGCAGUCCCUGCUCGAUGGCGUCCUGCAACUCCCCUGGGAUGCUCUUGAAAAUCCGGAGGAGAGUGGUCAGCGGAUACCCAUGCUCCCACGACCUCCGGAUGGCCCCGAUGUUGAUGCGGAGGGUCUUGGCCGAGCGCUGGAGCAGGGCAAGGUUGCAGUUGCCCUCGUCGUCGAAAGCCAUGAACCGGCUCUCCAAGGCACAGUCCUCCUCACCAUGAGGAGCCAAUACAGCGCCUUCGGACAGAUGAUAUGA